AUGGCAGGCUUUCUUUCCCCCGUGCUGGGCUGCGCUUCCUGCCCUUCCUCCUUCCUCGGCCGUGUGGAAAGCUCGGCUCUCCCCUCCGCGGCUCGCAGCUCCAGCCGCCCGGGGCCUCCCUCCCUCGCUCGGGGAAUUGGGGGCCGGGCCUCGCGCAUGCGCCGGCGGUGCUGCGGGCCCCGCGGGGCGGGGGGCUGGGAAUGGCAGGCUUUCUUUCCCCCGUGCUGGGCUGCGCUUCCUGCCCUUCCUCCUUCCUCGGCCGUGUGGAAAGCUCGGCUCUCCCCUUCCCCAGACUUGCGGGGGGUCCCCGGGCACCCAGCCAGCUUGAUCCCAGAGCGCGGGGACGCGGCGCCACCUGCUCACGCCCCGCGUGGAACUCGCGGCCAGGACGCCCCCAGAAAGUUUGACUUCCGCGUGCGCGGCUCCCCUCCAACCUGCGGACGCCUCUCUUCUUUCCUGCUGUUUGAAACCUGUCUGUCCUGCGAUGGGGAGGACAGUGGAAUGUGCAGUGGAUGUCUGCUGUUCCUGUGGCCCACUUGCAUAUUGCAUCCCCUAUGCCUCAGGAGCACAGGAUUCCUCCGAAUACAGUCCAAUGAUACUUCAGGGGAAUUGAAUGCCGGGUCACGACACAAGUCUUUCAUUUGCCCUCCCCACCUUUGAAGUCUGGGCUCUGCUGCCUCAUUUUCUCAUCUUGCUUCACCCUCAGGACCCAAGAGAAGGUGAGUCUUGUCUUUGAUUGCUUCCACCAGCUAUGCUUUGUCCCACCAUAGGACCUUUGCUUGUGAAUGCCCUCCCACCUCCUGUCUGCGA